GACAGUCUUUGCCAGCUCAACGUCAGUCUCGUUACUUCAAUCCGGUCUGAUAUCAGUAAGCUGAUACCACCGCCAAAAUGGUCCGCGAACUCAAGCAUCACGAGAAGAAGCUUCUCCGAAAGGUCGACUUCCACAACUACAAGUCCGAUGGCGGCCACCGUGAACACCAGGUGCGCCAACGGUACCUCCUCCAAGACCCGAUGGACUACAAAAAAUACAACGCACUCUGCGGAUCCCUACGCCAGCUCGCCCACAAGCUCUCCCAGCUUGAUCCUGAAACAGACCCACUGCGCAAGAAGCUUGAGUCUGAGCUUCUCGAGAAAUUGUGGCGCAUGGGAAUCCUCAAGCAAUCCCGUGAGCAGGGCGCCGGUUUGUCCAAGGUUGAGCGUGAAGUCACAGUCUCUGCGCUCUGCCGGAGACGCUUGGCCGUAUUCAUGGUGCGCUCUGGUAUGGUUGAGACUAUCAAGGCUGCGGCCACUUUCAUCGAGCAAGGCCAUGUCCGUGUCGGUACUGAGGUUGUCAAUGACCCGGCCUUCCUGGUUACUCGUAACAUGGAGGACUUCGUGACCUGGGUCGACUCCAGCAAAAUCAAACGGAACAUUCUCCGUUACCGUGAGAAGCUGGAUGACUUUGAUCUUCUGUGAUGGAUUCCAUGUCAAAAAGAAAAAAGCAUUUUGGGUUUUUGUCUUUGAUAUACCCGGCGCUUGUGCAUUGUGGCCUGUUAUGGGUUUGGCGUAUUGAUGUUUAAUGAAGUUAUAUCGAUUAUAUUGGUCCCAAUGGGCAUAUAUUUACUCGGAAAUGCAACUUUUCCA